AUGGGAGAUAUCGACAGUGCUAAGGUGACUAAUUCUGCUAUUGCUAAUGAUACGACAGUACCUCCUACUUCCGCUUCAUCAUCAUCACUCAAUUCCCCAGAAACUAAUGCAUCUAUCAAUGAUGAUAACAGCACCUCAUCAACUAACCCUAAUACAGCUGAUACUGUUACUACUACUACUACUGCUAGUACCACUUCCGCUACAAUGCCAGAGGCAGAUAAAGCAACUCAAAAUAUAACCGCAACAUUAGAGAAGGAGGUUCCUCCCUCGUCGGCUGUAACUAUUGAUACCAAAGAACCAUCAAUUGAUCUAUCUGCAUUAGGUUUAAGAAGAUCAGCUCGUGUUCGUAAACCAAGAACUGAUCUAGCUUUAGAUGAAGCUGCAUCAUUGAUCGUACAAGAUAGUGUUAGAAAACCAAAAGCAAAACCAAAAGCAAAAGCAAAGCCAAAGAAAAAAGUUACUAAAGUGAAAGCCAAGAAUGGGGAAACUACGAAGACUGAUGCUACGAAGAAGAAAAAUAAUACUACUAUCAAAUCGAAGGGGAAAGGAAAAAUUGAAAAGAAAUCAACUAAGAAUCAAAAACUGGCUGCCACCACAGCUGGCCAUCCUGAAGCAACCACUACUGCAGGUAAAAUUGCGACUCCAAUUAAUAAGGUUAAAAAAGCUCCUCCUCCACCAAUUCAUGAACCAGAUUUAAACCCAGCCGAUUGGAGUUCCAAUGUUCCUUUACUAUCAAAUGAUAUCAAAAGUCAACAAAGUAUAAUUUCAAGAUUGAAAAAUCCAAACAUGAAAUUAGUACCGUAUGCAGGCGAUGUAAUUAAAAUUAUGAGUUUUAUCAAUAAAUUUAAUCGAUUCUUAACUUCUGAUUUACAAAAUUUAUCAUUUCAAGAUUUUGAAAUUGGUUUAAAUUUAUAUCCUGAAUUAGUACCAAGUAUUACUCCAAAACAACAGCAACAACAAACUCAAUUGCAAUUACAACAAGGAAGGGUAUUAUUAUAUCAGGAUUAUAUUCCAAUUAAAGAAGUAGUGGCAGCACAAGAUAAAAUGAACUUAUUAUUUUAUUCAUUGGUAAAUCUUUUAUUCACUAGCAAACAAAACAGUGAAUUUGAACCAAUGACAAUGGAAGAAUUCUUACAAUCAUCAUCAUCAUCCAAAAAAUCAUUAUUAAAUCAAUUACGUUCAAAUUCUUAUGAUUGGGGGUAUCCACGUGAAUGGCGUACUAACAAUAAAUCAUCAUCAUCAUACAAUCCUGACAAAGAGAAAAAACCAAUAUCUGCUUUAUUCCCAAUGGAAGAUCAAGGACCAUUCGUUGAUCCAAAGGAGCCCAUCAUAUUAACGAAAAACAUUUAUCAAUGGGAUAAGAAUGAUCCCUUACCGAUUGAAUUGAAUCCAUUACAAUCCAUUGAAUUAGAAAAAACAGGUCUUCUCGCAUUGUUACCAAAGGAUAGAAUCAUCUUACUUAGAACUUUGAUAAAUUGGUGUAUUGCCAAUUCUAAUUUGAUCCAUGGUGAAAUUCAACAUUUGACACAUUUCAAAAAGGACCCAGCUUUCAGCGUUCAAACUCAACAUGUUCCAAGAUAUCUAGUUGAAGGUAUGGAUACAUGUUUUGUUAAAUAUGGAAGAUUAUGUGCCUUAGUGGAGAAAAGAUUUGAUAUUCGUCGUCAAAAGAAACAUUUCAAAAAAUUGAUUAAACAGAGGAAAAAUGAAGAUUUUGCAAAUAAAUUGAACAUAUUAAAUGAAAUUAAAGAAUAUAGGAAAUCACAUCCUGAGUUACAAAAUAAAGAUAUUAAUAUUGAAUUAUAUGAUAAAUGGAAUAAACUUUUUGAAACUGAAACAAAUGAUGAUCCUAUAAGAAGUCCAUUUGAUGAUGAACUUUAUAAAUUAAGAUCACAUGAAUUUUUCAUUGGUAGAGUACCACAUAUGGGUGAUUUUUAUUUACCAAGGUUACAAACUUAUUGUGAAACUGAAUCAAUUAAUACAUAUACAGAUUUACUUACUUUAAAAAAAUUGAUGGAAAGUUUCAAAUCAGGCGAGUUUAAUACUUUCCAACUAUUUGAAAAUUAUGGUCAAUUAAUGAGUUCUCAAUUUAAAAUUUUUUAUCAUGAUUCACCAUCGUUAAUUAGAGAUACAAUGAAAGGUGUUGACACCAUGGGGAAACCAUAUUGGUAUGAAAUGUGUCAUGAUUGUAACUCCUUAAAGGAAUUUAUUGAAUUAUUAUCUUACAAAAUUGAAUUGCCUAAAGAAGAUGAUAAUAAAAUGGAGGCAACACCUGAUUUGGAUCAGGGUACUGAUGAUAGUACCAUUAAUAAACAUCCAUUACCAAAGGAUCCAAGGUAUAAUACCGCAAGAAAUAAAUUAAGAAUGCUAAGAGAUUAUUUAUCGGAUAUGUAUUAUAUUCUUGUUGAAUUUGAAAAAUUGAAAACUGAAUAUGCUGGUAUGAAUCCUGGAAAGAGACAACUAAGAAGAAUGCAAAGAAAUCCUGUCAAUUAUAAUACUGAAUAUGAUAGUGAUAUAGAUAUGGAUGAAGAUGAAACAGGAGGAAUAGUAAACUAA